AUGAUGACACUACCUAAAUUUGAUUUGCCAAUAAUUCAUAAUAGCAUAAUAUUUAAUAAUUUAUCUCUUGUUCAGGAUCUUAUUUCAUGUGGUAUUGACCCUAAUAUGAGAAAUAAUUAUCGAGACACACCACUCCAUUAUGCUUGUUAUUAUAAUUCAAUCGAUGUUGUCAAAUUCCUUUUAACAUUAGAUGGAAUUGAUAUUAAUGCACAAAAUAAGGUAGAAAAUACUCCUCUUCAUGAAGCAUGCAGAAAAAAUAAUCAAGAAAUUAUUAAAAUUCUCUUAGGAUUUAGAACUAUCAAUAUCAGCAUAAGGAAUAAUCAAAGUGUUACUCCUAGUGACAUGGCUAGAGAUCUUGAAGGACCUUGUCAUAUUAUUUCUUUUAAGCCAAUAAAAAGUUUAUAUGAUUAA